UUUGAAUUUUCUGAGUUUUAAUACAUGUAUUUUCUAUAUAUGAAAACAUUGAAGGUCUAUAAAAUUCAUAUUUGGUAACCUAGAAGCCUAAUUAAUGAACCAUGUUUAUUGGUGGCGGCUGAUUGGCUGUCCUAUACAAUGAAUUUUUUUCUAAUGGCCGUUCUCAAAUCGUGAAACAUCGAUCUAUAUUCUGAGAAAUUAUUCUUCGAUUUUCUCUACUCGAAUUUUUUUUUUCUCUGUCCUAUUCUCCCCUCUAUUAAUUAUAUAUUUAUUAUGUUUUUAUCAAGUGGCGGAUCUUUCUCACUUGCUACAGUAGCGUCGACGGCGGUGGAAUUCGGUAGGAUAUCACAGAGAUCAGUGAAGCUUUGCCGGUAAUCAAAACCCGUGGAGUGUUCUAGAAACUGAGGAGGAGACGAAGGAAUCAGAUCCGUUUAGUGAAAGAGUUUAUCCGGCAGUGAAACUAACUCUUCCUUCGCGAUUCGGAGGAGAGUUGUGAACACCUCAACUGUUUUCAUCAGGGUGGCUCUUUUGAUUGCUUUCAUCAUUUGCGCUCUCUGCUCGGAAGGUAGACGCAAGACUCCAUGCAAUGAUUUCUUGAUGUUUCUCCAGCAUCUGUUACCUCUGGUUUUGCUGUGUUGCCACCCUAAUUGGUCCAAGUAGGCUUUUCCUUCCUCCAUUUCGCCCCUAGAUAACAAUAUAAUCCCAUAUAGGUACAUACUUUCGCUGUAGGAUCCUCGUGCUGCUAAUUUUAGAUGUUGUAGUCCGGUGAUUGUGUUGUUUUUGUGGAAGUACUCUAGUAUUCCUUUGAUGUAGUGAGCUUCGAUGUUUCCGUUGGUAAGUGUCUUCUCCAUUAGGUCUUUGUAUCUGUACCUUGUUGCCAAAGGAUGGAACACCAGAGGUCGUAGGUUAAGAGCUUUGUAAACUCCUUUGUCAUUUGCUGCCUUUGCCAAUGCUUUUGACGCUUCCAUAACAUGGCGAAGUUGUCUCCGAGAUGAGCUUCCAACUCGGGCUAAUAUUUCUCCGACUAUGUCCUCAGGGAGAUCGCUGAGUGUUAUUGUAGUGUUUUUAUCUGCCAUUUUUGUUUCUUUUGUUGUUUAUAUUUUGAUUGUAUUGAGGAUGUAUAUUUUAUAGGCCGUGUUUUUGACUGUUACGUCUUGUGAUAUUAAUUUUUUUUUUUUAAUUAUCAUUAUGGUGCAUUUAAUUUUGGUAGGACGGUUUCAAGAG